UGAAGAAGAACACAAAUUCUGCCAAAUAAAAGAAGAACACAAAUUGCUACUUACUCGGGAACUCCUGGGAUGGCAUAUAUCUUGCCCAAUCUCUCCUCGACAAUCAUCCAAUCCAAGGAAAAAUCACUCCAUCCCUCCUCCUCCUCUCCUCCAUCUCCUCAUCUACAUCUACCCCCACCGCCUCCGUGGUCGAUUUGAGAACCCUCUUGACCCUUUGGAGAUGGCCGGCGCAGGAGACGAGAAGUACCCGCGUUAGCAUCAGGGGAUGUGGAAACUUAUACUUGGCCAGUAGGAUUUCAGAAGCAAAGCCGGCGGCCACAUGUCCUAAAUAGGACCAUAUGCUUGCUAGUGACACGAAUGUGGCAAUGCUCUUCUUGGGAAAGCCCAAGGAUUUGCCAAUUUGGCCCAAAUUAUCAAUUGCCGUUAAAUCGAUUACCAAUUUUGCCUCAAGUCAGCACUGGAUUUGUUUCUGUCUUUAGCCGCGAACAGAAUUAGCAUAUCGAUGCUGCACACUGCUUGCAGGAUUGUGUGAUCUUCUCCCCUUUCCGGUGGCCUGAACACCUUGUCGAAGCAAGAAACGUGUGUCUCUUCUUGAUUCAGUGGAUCGGCGAGAGGCGUCUCUGCUUUCGCUGCCUGUGGUGCAAACUCACUCACCGGUGGUGGAUCAUAUCAGUGGUGAAAAUGUUGGAGGGAAAAGGAGUGGAAAUUGUUGGAGCGAAAAUCAGUGGUGAAAAUGCUUUUACUCUGUCCCAGGAAAGAGACUAUAAUGCCCUUGAUAUUUAGUCGUGAGACGCGCGUCUCACGAGAUGAUGCUUUCCGUUAAUUUUAACUAUUAGAUUUGACAGAAGGACCACAAAUAUGCUAUUUUAUUAGAUUGAGGGCCAAACUUUUACCAUUAAUUGUUGGAGGGCUAAAACUUUAUCUGGGAAAGAGUUGGAGGGCCAUUGGACUCUUUUCCCUAAAAUUUAUUGUACUUUUGCAUAUUAUUGUCUUAACAUUGAUUUAUUUUUUGUUUUAGUAUUUAUAUUGUAUGGUGCAUCUGAGAUGGGCAAUCGUAGAAUUCCGAAACCUUACUGCCCCAACACGAUAAAAAGUCAUAGUAGAAGUACAAAUGAUUGAUUAUCCAUGCAAUAACUUAAAGUCCAAUAAGCAAAAUGCUAUUUCUAGAAUUGUAGAAUAUUAAUCACCAAGUUUUGCUCCCUUCCUCGUUCCUUCGACUAACUACGAAUAUGACCUGGUACUACUAUAAAUACAGGCCAAUACAAUACUAUGUGCGUCUAUUAAAGGACUCCUAAGCUUGUUUUAGUCCUCCAAGCAUACCAAUUAAGAUUUAGUGCAUCUCUCCUUGGAUCAAGGAUGGCAGAAGCAAUCACCAGCCAUUCACAAAAAAGGUGUGCCGUGGUUACGGGGGGAAACAAAGGAAUAGGUUUUGAAAUAUGCAAACAGUUGGCAUCUCAAGGUAUCCUAGUUGUGUUAACUGCCAGGGAUGUAAAGAAAGGCAAUGAAGCUUUUGAGAAGCUUAAGGAUUCUGGCCUCUCUGAAAAUGUUGUCUUCCAUCAGCUUGAUGUUGUGGAACCAGCUAGUAUUGCUUCCCUUGUAGAUUUCAUCGAAUCCCACUUUGGAAAACUAGAUAUCUUGGUUAACAAUGCAGGAGCUGCAGGACUAAUGGUUGAAGGAGAUGUUUCCAUUAUUAAAGAGAUAAUUAUGGCGGAUGAUCUAAAAGUUGCAGGUCAAGAAGUACCUGAGAUAAAAGCAGAUGCAAAACUCAUUCAGACAUAUGAUUUGGCUGAAGGGAGUCUGCAAACUAACUACUAUGGUAUAAAACAGAUGAUUGAAGCAUUCAUUCCACUCUUGCAGUUAUCUUCUUCGCCUAGAAUUGUAAAUGUAUCCUCUCUCUUGGGAAGGCUGGAGUUAUUAUCCCACCAAUGGGCUAUAGAGGUGCUAAGCGACGGCGAAAGCCUGACGGAAGAGAGAGUGGAUAAGGUGGUAACUGAAUUUCUCAAGGACUUCAAGGAUGGCACUGCAGAAGCUAAAUGUUGGCCUGCAACUUUCACAGCAUAUAAAGUCUCCAAAGCAGCAAUUAAUGCGUACACAAGGAUUCUGGCCAAGAAAUACCCAACCAUCUGCAUCAAUUGCGUUUGUCCAGGCUACUGCAAAACAGAUAUAACCUGCAAUACAGGAUUUUCUACUGCUGCAGAAGGCGCUGAAGGUCCUGUAAAGCUUGCAUUAUUGCCUGACGGUGGCCCUUCUGGCUUGUUCUUCUCAAGAAAGGAGGUGACAACUUAUUGAUGAAAAUAAUCAAAUGCAAGCUCAUGCAUCUAAUAGGAAUACCAUUUUGGAUGUAUGUUGUACGAAGCUGGUGAAAUCUUGUCAAGGUAUUUCAAUAUGGGGGUCUCGGGGAAUCGCCCACAAUGGUUUUUGGGAAGUUUAUUCCUGUAUUGUUGCGUUGGUGGUACUAAAUUUUGGUGGUGUUUCUUGGAUUUUUUGGGCCUGGCCCUUCAUAUUUGGCUUUCUU